AUGCUGUCCGAUUCCACUCACAACCUCAGCCCUUCUCUCCGUGGCCCUAGGCGUAUCAUCCGCAUCACACAGCGUUUGUCGUCUCAACGCAUCAAGACAAUGCGCGAUAUGGUGCCAGGUCCUCGACUGUUCCUGGCCGGUCCUGAACUCGAAAAGGCUAUUGUAGAUAAUCUUCAAGCAGUGCAGGUUGUGGAAGCCAUGAAGGAUAUAGAUUCCUUUGUUUGUAUCCCAGGGAAAUCGUUGCGCCGAGCGAAGAUUAUGGGAUGCAGCAAAGGAAUCCGAGAGAGCGACGACCCCGCUGUCAAUAUUGAUGGAGUGCCAGAGGGCGUCGGCUAA